UAAUCAGUUGACAACGGUGACGCUGUGCGGUACGACUCCAGCGGCGGACGUGAACCAUAAGGCCCCCCCUUCUGCCUAUUCCGAGGUGUUAAUUUGUGAUGCUUUUGUCACCGCAUCGAGGCGCACUAUUUGUUGAAUUGUGGACGUGAUCGAUGUGUUAGAGUGGUCGUUGGUAGAGAGCUUCAGCAGCAGCAGGAGGAGAGAGAGCAAAGUUUGAACGAUUUCAAUCAAUUCUGCUCCCCCUUUUUCAAUCGUGCUUGUGUCCGUGUGUGUGUGUGUGUAACGUACAUGCAUUGCACGCCAGACAUUGGAAUUCUCUCGCUUGUACGUCCGAAAAGACAUCAGACUUGAACCCGCUGUUACGAGAGCUCCUAGUUUGAUCGCACAACGAUCAGAUGACAGCAAACUAUAAGCCGUUGCGUGCGGACGAUGCGGAGAUGAUUGCACGCCGCUCGACUGUACUCCGGACGGUGCUGCUGCUAGUGAUCUUGUCCUUUGUGCUGUUCUGUCUACUCGGAUACUACUACCAGCCGGCGGGUGGUAAUCGGGAAUACGCACGCAACCAGUACCUGUUGGAGGGAGCCUCCCACGAAGCGCUGCUGCGCCGUCUCAAAACAAUUCUGAACUGCAAUACCCCGUCGAAUGGAUUCCAGCUCGAGACGCACGGCGAUCACUACCUUCUGCGUAACUUCUACGCUCCAGAGCGGAUUGUUCACUGCUAUGAAACCAUAACCUACACCACGCAUGGUGACUACACCUUCCUGGAGAAUGUGGUCCCGUUGCUGGAACGUUGGCUGGCACCGGUCAGUAUCGCACUGUACGCGCCUGGAGUCGAUCUUGACCGAUCGGUAGCUCUGAUCCAAUAUCUGUUGGAGUGUCACGAGCAGAGAGCGCUGGUGCGUGACUUCGUGAGCUUUCAUCUUUACUUUGAGUUUGAACAUCUUCCGACGCGGCCAGUAUCGUACUACAGGGAGUUGCUAUCCGUCCCUCUCGUAGAUUGCACUAAUGCGACGAACGCCUGGAAUUCGUUACUCCGCAACGACAACUCCUCAAUACCUACCUUCCGGGCAGCCAACAACCUAACCUACCCUGUGAACGUGGGUCGUAACAUUGCGCGCAGUGCGGCCGGCACACAUUUUGUACUUGCGAGCGACAUCGAACUCUACCCAAAUCCCAACUUUAUCCCGAUGUUCCUGCGCAUGAUCGCUCACCCCUUCUACCAGUACACACUGCACAGCCCCUCCGUUUACGUAUUGCCAGUGUUUGAGGUCGCAGAAGACGUCCCUGUACCGGUGGAUAAGGCCCACCUGCUCGAGGAUCUCCAAAGCGGUGAUGCGAUAAAGUUUCACGAGAAGAUAUGCUCCAACUGUCACACGGUUCCGGGCUACGUAGAAUGGCUAGCGGUAGUGAAGGAUGACUACACAAUGGACAUACAUGUGACGGCACGACGGGAAGGUGCGUACGCAUCCUGGGAACCGAUCUACGUCGGCACAAAGCACGAGCCAGAGUACGACGAGCGGUUAAGCUGGGAAGGCAAGGCGGAUAAGAUGACACAGGGCUUCAUUAUGUGCAUCCUGGGUUACGACUUCCAUGUGCUGGAUAAUGGGUUUCUUGUUCAUCGGCCCGGCAUUAAAACGAUCGCGCAAGCGAACCGACCGCCCCAGCAAGCGAAACAGCGAGCCUUUAUGAGGAAAACGAUUGCACGGGAGAUAUCUACUAUGUAUGGUGAUCGGGAAGGAUGCAAGAUAUAA